GGAACUAGAGGAGGAGGAGGUUAGCCGAGGCAGCUACAGCGGCGGCGGCGCAGGGGCUGGUACGCGCUGGGCGGCGAGAGCCUCAUGGCGGAGGAAGAGAGCGAUCAAGAGGCCGAACGCCUCGGAGAAGAGCUCGUAGCCAUUGUGGAGUCCCCGCCGGGCCCCGUGGGGCUUAGAUCUGCGGGCGAUGGCAGAGGCGGCGGUGGCGGCGGCAGCUGCGGCGGUGGCGGCGGUGUCGGGAUCAGCAGUCGGGAUUACUGCCGACGCUUCUGUCAGGUAGUAGAAGAUUAUGCUGGAAGAUGGCAGGUCCCUUUGCCACAGCUUCAAGUUCUCCAGACUGCACUUUGUUGUUUUACAUCAGCCAGUGCAUCAUUCCCAGAUGAAUGUGAGCACGUACAAUAUGUUUUGAGUAGUCUUGCUGUGAGUUUCUUUGAAUUGCUGCUGUUCUUUGGAAGAGAUGAGUUUUAUGAAGAGCCCUUAAAGGAUAUUCUUGGAUCAUUCCAGGAAUGCCAGAAUCACCUCCGCAGAUAUGGAAAUGUGAAUCUGGAACUGGUGACUCGAAUCAUUAGAGAUGGUGGCCCAUGGGAAGAUCCAGUGUUGCAAGCUGUUCUAAAAGCCCAGCCAGCAUCUCAGGAGAUAGUGAACAGGUAUUUAAGUUCUGAAAAUCCACUGUUUUUUGAGCUGCGUGCCAGAUAUCUAAUUGCCUGUGAACGCAUACCUGAAGCAAUGGCUCUUAUUAAGUCUUGUAUAAAUCACCCAGAAAUCAGUAAAGACUUAUACUUCCAUCAAGCACUCUUCACAUGUCUGUUUAUGUCACCUGUAGAAGAUCAGCUAUUCCGGGAGCAUUUAUUGAAAACUGAUUGUAAGAGUGGAAUUGAUAUCAUUUGUAACACUGAAAAAGAAGGCAAGACUGUGUUAGCCUUGCAACUCUGUGAAUCUUUUCUUAUCCCACAGCUUCAGAAUGGAGAUAUGUACUGUAUCUGGGAGUUGAUUUUCAUAUGGAGUAAACUACAGCUUAAAUCUAAUCCUUCAAAACAAGUUUUUGUAGAUCAAUGCUACCAGCUUUUAAGAACAGCAACUAAUGUGAGAGUCAUAUUUCCUUUCAUGAAAAUCAUUAAAGAUGAGGUUGAAGAAGAAGGCUUGCAAAUUUGUGUUGAAAUAUGUGGUUGUGCCCUUCAACUUGACCUUCAUGAUGAUCCCAAAACCAAAUGUCUAAUUUAUAAAACAAUUGCACAUUUUUUGCCAAAUGAUUUGGAGAUCCUCAGAAUUUGUGCACUCUCAAUAUUUUUUCUUGAGCGCUCCUUAGAAGCUUAUCGUACUGUGGAAGAACUUUACAAACGUCCUGAUGAAGAAUAUAAUGAAGGCACAAGUAGUGUUCAGAAUCGUGUUCGUUUUGAAUUGCUUCCAAUUUUGAAAAAGGGAUUAUUUUUUGAUCCUGAAUUUUGGAAUUUUGUAAUGAUUAAGAAAAACUGUGUGGCAUUAUUGAGUGAUAAGUCAGCAGUUAGAUUCCUAAAUGAAAAUACACUGGAAAAUUCUACAGGCAAUCUAAAAAAGAAAACGAAACAGCAAGGUUUAGAUGAAGGGCUUGACUCUCUUACAGAUCACAGCACUGGAGAGACUGAUGCUGAUGAUGUAUCUGCAGUGCAACCUAAAGGUCAUAUUAAUACAAAGAAAAACCUUACAGCUGUUACUACUUCCAAAGUCGAUCACAACGUCCCAAGGCAUCGGUGUAUGUUGUGUAACAAAGAAUUUCUAGGUGGUCAUAUUGUAAGGCAUGCCCAGGCUCAUCAAAAAAAAGGCAGUUUUUCAUGUGUAAUAUGUGGUAGGAAAUUUAGGAACAGAGGACUUAUGCAAAAGCAUUUGAAGAAUCAUGUGAAGAAGAUACAGAGACAGCAAAUUGCUGCAGCUCAGCAGGAUGACCAGGAAAUCACUACUCUGCAACAGCUAAAUUGUUCCAGUUCUUCUGUUUCAUUUGAAAAUGGGAAUUCUGAUAAUAAGGAUUUGGAAGUGGAGACUCUUACUGCCUCCAGUGAUAGAAACAAAGGGGUCAUCUCUGAGCAUGUGGCCGAAUUGAUUGAAAUUCCUGUAAGUGUAGCAGAAAAUGUUAUUGAAAACAUUAUUGAAAAUGGUAGUCCUGAUACUUCUUUAAAUAACGUCUCAGAGCCUUUACCUCGAUGUGAAGAUGACUUUGAGGAAGAAGAAGAUGAGGAAGCUGAUUAUGAAGAAGAUGACUAUGACCUGAAUCAAGAAACUUCAGUAAUUCACAAAAUCAAUGGAACUGUGUGCCAUCCAAAAGACAUAUAUGCUACAGAUCAAGAAGGAAACUUUAAGUGCCCUGCUCUUGGCUGUGUCAGGAUAUUUAAAAGAAUUGGAUUUCUGAAUACACAUGCAAGAACUGUACAUCCAACUGAUUUAAAUGUGCGACAAACAGUAAUGAAGUGGAGCAAAGGAAAAUGCAAAUUUUGUCAAAGACAAUUUGAAGAUUCUCAACAUUUUAUAGAUCACCUUAAUAGACACAGCUAUCCAAAUGUGUACUUUUGUUUGCAUUUUAAUUGUAAUGAGUCAUUUAAGCUGCCAUUCCAGCUUGCCCAGCAUACAAAAAGUCACAGGCUAUUUCAAGCUCAGUGUAGUUUCCCAGAAUGCCAUGAGCUUUUUGAAGAUCUUCCUCUGCUAUAUGAACAUGAAGCUCAGCACUAUUUAAGUAAAACACCAGAAUCAUCUGCACAGCCAAGUGAAGCAGUUCUUUUGGAUGUUCAACCAGAUUCAAAUCCUAAUCAUCAGGAAAAAGACUCAUCUAGUAAUGAGAAACACACUAGUAGUCUGCUAGUUUCUACUAACAAAUCAAGGAAAGAUUCUACAGAACCAAAGAUGUGUAUAGAAAGUAUGGAAAAGAAAACAGACAGUUUAGUUCAGAAUGGAAAUGAACAUUCUGAUAACACUGUCUCAAAUAUAAGCUUAACAGACCAAAAGAUGCCUGACAUAGAACCAAAUUCUGAAAAUAACUGUAGUACUAGUGAUUUAGUCAAUGGACACAGUGAAAGAGAGCAAACGCCUGCAGUAGCAUCAGAUCCUGCUUUGAAAAUGGAUACAAACAGAAUCAGGACAGAAAAUGGUUCCAUUUUACCCAGUGUUGCACCACAAGAACACAACAACCUGCCAGUAUCUCAGGCACCAUCCAAACCAAAUCUGACAAGUGAACAUACUUCAUAUGGCUUAAUGUUAACAAAGCCAUAUGUCAGACCAUUGCCUCCCAGUUACCUUGACGAACGGUACCUCAGUAUGCCAAAACGUAGAAAAUUUCUGACUGAUAAAGUAGAUGCCUGUUCUGAUCAAGAUAACGUUUAUAAAAAAUCAGUGAAAAGAUUAAGAUGUGGCAAAUGCCUGACCACCUACUGUAAUGCAGAAGCACUUGAGGCUCACCUUGCACAAAAGAAAUGUCAGACACUCUUUGGAUUUGAUUCAGAUGAUGAAAGUGCCUGAUAAGAAACGUUUCAGGAAGAUCUGUCGAUCAAGCAGUAGUGUGAAAAAAGCACUACAAGAAAAUGUAUCAUCAGUUUGCUAUUUCCCUGAUGGCCUUAAUUUUAGAGCGGUCUCAGAUUACUAAAAAUAAAGACAAAGCACAUUUUCUAGAAUGAACUUGCAAAGGAGAUGUGCUGGCUUAGACUCCAAAAGGGUUAUUAUAAAACUCCCAAAGUACCAGUUAUCCAGAAAACCACAUUUUUAAAAAGUGUAUGAUGAUUAAUGGCAGCAUGUUCAGUUUUGCUUAUGUGAAAACAUGUUCGCGCAACUACUCAGAAAGGAAAACCAGCUAUGGCCUUACAGAAAGAGAAAAGAAACCCAUUAUUAAAAAGGAGGGAGGGGGAGCUGGUUUACAAUAAUAAACAGUGUAAAGCAGUCUAAAACUGGGAUUUGUUUUCUUUUCAUGAACAAUUAAUUAUGGCCUCCUAGUCAAACAAGGUUUGAGGAACCACUGCUGUUUAAUUUGUGAUAUACUUUAGAAACUGAUACAUGGAUAUAAAAUGAUUUAUUAUCAUGAUAUUUAUUAAGUAAGAGUGUAACUUGUUUCCAGAUGAUUAGACAAGUCCAAGUUUGAUGAAUAGCAUGCCAGUGUUGAAAAUUAAAAAAACAAGAAACAAAUGCUUUACUAAUAAGCUCUUGAUAGAACCUUCCACUUUCUAUUUUGGUAAUACAAAUUAGUUGUAUUUAAAAGCUAGCAGCAUCCAUUACAUAGAAAAGUGCCAUCAGUAAUUUUGGGAAGAGGUGGGAGGAAUCUAAGACUAUUGCAGGCUAUAUAGUUAAAGCAAAACACUGACUUGCAAAUUCUUCAAUGUGAAUAAUGGUAAAAGCACACUGUGAUAUUUCUGUUUGUAUAUAGUAUAGGAUAUUGCUUGAUAAUUCAUAGUAAUGUCCUUUAGACAUUAAUGUGAGUUAUCUAAGUAUAGUCCUAUAAAGAUAAACGGCUUACAAAUCUAUCGUCUCAGAAUCAGGUCAAGAAUUCAUUUUACUCAAUUAGGAGUAUUAAUUCCAAAAUAAGCCAUACUACUCAUUUUUUUAAUUCAUUAGUUGAUGGAUUGGUCUAAAUAAUAAUUUUAUAUAUAAAAGGAAGUAUUUACAAAAAGUAUUGCACAGCAAGAACACAAUAUGAGAUUAUUUUCCUUGGUGACCAGUAAUUUUCCUAAUUUUAAUUUAACAGUCAAUAAACUGCUAAACAAAUCUUUUACAAAUGUUUUAUAAAAUACCCUCUCAGAAGUUUCCACUUGUCCAUUAUUGAAAGGAGGAUGCUUAAAGAUAUCCUUUUACCUAUUCAUGUGUUAAUAUACAAAGGAAGAAAGAACGAAAAUGCAAAGACAAAUUCUUCAAAAGUGGACUUACUAAUACACCACUGUCAACCAAAUAUUCCAGUAAUUUAACUGGUAAAUUUUUAAUCAAGGCAGAUAAUCUCAUCAGCCUCUGCUAUUUUAAAUUUUAGGGUAUUAGAGCUUCUUGAAUGAAGUUAGUAGGGAAGUGGGACAUUUCUUUCAGGGUAACAUCCAGACUUUAUUAAAUUAUGAUUUCCAGGUCAUGAUAAAUCAAAUGAUCUAAAAAAAAAAUCCUCAAUUUUUACUUAUCAUGGGCAUUCACUACUAUGCAAUGAUGGUCAUAAGUCCAUUCCAAUCAAAUGUGUUUGUUUUUAUUUUGUUAUGUAGCCUACAUUAGGCUGUGGAAUUUACAUUUAGAGAACAGAUAAACACAUAAUCAAGUUUUUAAAUCCUUUAAAAUCAACUAAAAAUGUUUUCCAUAUUUGUUGAUACUAAAAAUGUAAUAAUUGAGUUCAAUUUCAGUUCAUUCUAAAAAUACAACUUGUAAUAAAAAGCCUGUUUGAAAACUCGUUCAUUUGGACAAUGAAGUUUUUUUUUUGAAACUUAAUUUUUGCUUUGUACAUUUUUCAGAAGUUUAAAAUAACAUGUCUCACAUUUGUAAUAAGUUGUGACAUAAAUUCAUGCCCACAAAAGCAUGAAUUUUCAUUAAUUUUGAAGUUCAUGCUAAAAUGUUUUAAACAUAUUUCACCUGUUAUAUUGUCUUUGAGGUUUCAUUUCCAUUUCUGUGUUGCUAAAAGUGUUUCUGAAAGAUGGAGCUCAAAUUGUUUUAUAUAUAUAACUAAAUCAAGUAAUAUUUUAUAAAAUUCUAUUUGACCACACUGUUCUAACCUCCUUAUUUAUGUACUUCUUAAAUAAUGGCUAUUGAAAGAAUGUGUAUAUUUUAUUAUGUCUGCCUUCUAAAAUAUAAACCCACAUCGUUUUACUUUUAUGGGGUACAUAAACUUGCAACAGUUCUAAUUUGGGAUCCAGAAGAAACAAAAGCUUUCUUAUUCCUUAGGUUCCUUUCCUGUUCUUUUCUACUUGUUUUUAGGAUUGUUUAUCUUACAUGGACCAAUUUCCAAAUUUUUGUUUUUAAAUAAAAAUUCCUUCAAAACAUUAAGUACUAACUUUCUGCUGUGUGUCAGUGAGGUCAGAAAAAGAGCAAAUCUGAAUUUUUGCUGCUCAGAUAUUAUGGAGGAGAUAGAAAAGGGGAAUCUCUGUGGACAAGGACACUGGUACUUUGGGCUUUAGCCAUAUUCAUUUUUUUAAAAACCACAAAUUAUAUAGUGCAUUGAUAAUUUAUGCCAUUGAACUGUGAUUCUUUUCAAAUCACACUAAAGGUUCAACCAUACUCCUUUCAUGUUUGGUUUAAUAUUGUUGUAUGAAUGAAGAACCUAAAAGGGAUGAUAGUGUUUAUUUUUUAAUUUAUUUGGUACUGUAAAACACCUUUUCAGAAUGAGUAAAUGCUGCAUAUGCAUUCUGGAAUUGUUAAUAUGUGAAAGAUAUUACAGAUUCAGCAAGAAAGGAAAUUUGUGCUUCCUUGUUGAACAUUAAAUUAUUUUACUUUGCAUUUUAUAAGAGUACAAAUUAAAACUGAGCCAUUGAACUGCAAUAAAUCAACAAUAGUGUCUCAUUU